GAUAUUAGACACCCUUUGGCGGGCCCACACAAUGAAUUUUUAAUAGAACUUUUGGAUUUUGUGUUAAAUAACAACUACUUUGUUUUUGAUAGUAAAUACUAUCGUCAAAAACGAGGCGUAGCAAUGGGAGCCUCAUGUGCACCCUCCUAUGCUUGCUUACAUUUGGGAUGGUGGGAACGACAAGAAGUCUACCACCACCCUGCCUUUGAGAAACACGUAGCCCUCUGGGUUAGAUUUAUUGAUGAUGUCCUGGUGGUGUGGAGAGGUACUACAGCUGAAUUUGAGAAAUUUAUGAGUGAACUAAAUAACAAUACUAGAAAUAUCUUUAUCACUUUUAAAGUCGAUAGGGAACAGAUUGAAUUUUUGGAUCUAAUGAUCCGUAAAGAAGGAAGAACAAUUGUGACCAAUACCUUCAGAAAACCAACAGCUGGAAAUACCCUCCUCCACGCCACCAGCCAUCAUCCAUGGGCACUCAUCAGAGGAAUUCCCAUUGGUCAAUUCCUCAGAAUUCGGAGAAACUGUACACAAAUUAAAGACUUCCACAAAGAAAGCAAGGAGCUAGGUCAGAGAUUCAGGAAAAGAGGCUACCCUAAUUCUACAAUUAGACAAGCAAAAUUAAGGGCAGUGAAACAAACACGUGAAAAAAUCCUGGGUCUAGAACCGGAUGAUGAAAGAAAAGGAAAAAUGGACAGAGAGAGGGUAGGCCUAGUGACUACAUAUGGUACUCACUGGGACUACCUAAGACAAAUUUUGGGUAAACAUUGGCAUUUGCUAAUGUUAGACAACAAACUGAAACAAAUAUUGGGUCCUCGUCCCAAUAUGAUAGCAAAACGUGCACCUACUAUAGGUGAUACACUAGUUCACAGUGAAUACACUCGAGGAAGCAUAAAGGGCCAAACAACACUAUCUUUUGCUAAACACAUUGGAGGGAUGCACCCAUGUGGACAUUGCUCAAUAUGUAAAUACGUUAUGAAAACUAACUCUUUUAAAAAUUCUUCAGGCAAAAAUAUAUAUAAAGUUAAACCCUUUGUCAAUUGCUCUACAACUUUUGUGGUCUACCAAAUAAUUUGCCCUUGUGGCAAGAUCUAUGUAGGAAAAACUAUCAGGGAAUUUAGGAAGAGAAUAGGCCAACACAUAUCAAGCAUAAUAGGCAAAGAUGAUACAUCACCGGUAGCAAUGCAUUUUAUGGACCACCAUGAAUCAGUGGCCACUGGAAUGCAAUGCAUGGUGAUCUACAAACUGGAACUAUCAAAUAGAAGGGGAGAUUGGGACAAAAUCCUACAACAAAAGGAAGCUAAAUGGAUAUUUCUUUUGGAUUGUAUGAUGCCUAAGGGGUUAAACAGCGACUCAUCUUUGCAAUGUUUUUUGUAAUUCAUGCAUAACUGAUAGAGACACGUCUUUUACUACACUUUGAACACCGAUCCUGAAGGUGAGGUGCUGUCUGUGACCAUUGCGAUCUAAUGCUCUAUGUACUAUAUAAGUCUGACUGUGAAAUAAAAAUCGGAAGACUUGGGGACAGACCAUGCGAUAUGGACAAGCAUGGAACAUAGAAAAGCCGGAAAGCCGGAUGUAAAAUGUGAUUAUUCGAUCGGUAUUAUAUGGACGCUUGAGUGUAUGUAUUAUGCGCACACAUGUAGUGAGUAUGUUGAAUGUCAUUUUUGUGCG